CCCCCUUUUCCACCACUUCAUUCUUUAUCUCUGCCAGCGGCUGCCGCACCUGGAUGGAGCGCGCAUGCGCAGGGCUGUGUCUCUCUUCCAGCCUCCUUCCCUCGGCUCUAGAACACCUGCUGCUUUGCUGCUGCAGCUUUGUACCUUUUUUCUUAAGGGUCCUACACCGUUUUGGACACACGUGCAGUGAACCUGUUACUCCCCAGACCUGCUUUUGAGCGCUAGGAGGUUGGUUCGCUCUCCUGCCGCAGCCAGGGGCCGGUUUUCGGGGAGUCUCCCAGGUGGGGGUCCUGCUGCUGCAGCCUCUCGGGAGAGAGCAGUUCGGAUGAAAUAGGUAACUAGGUUUUUAUAGCUGUUCUGAUAAUAAAGUUUUCGCCUGUGUGUUUCAAAGCUAAUUUCACAUUUGAAGAGACAAUUCCUGUUUUGCCAGCAAUCAAGUUGAAGAAACAUUUCCACUACUUAAAGAGGUAUCUGCCAACUAUAUUUAUUCAACUCUCCCAAUGGGAUUUUCCCUCAGUAAAUCUGCUACCCAGGUAUCUGCUAUGCGUGUGGAUUCAAAAGUGGAUGAUCAUUUAAUGCAAGGGACUGAGAAAAGCAAGUUGGAACCAGUCACUCAGUUAUUUCAAAACACCAAGAAAAUAAGAUUAGAAGACACAAACCAAGAAAACUUUACAAGUAAAGAGAUUGGCACAAGAUCUCUUUCAGAGAAAACCUUGGGUUCUGUAGUAUAUGUUAAAGAAAAUGAUGGAGUAGAACUAACAGAUGUGGAAUGAAGUUAUUUGUACAUAUUGCCAAAGACACUCGAAAUUGCUUUUAGUAUAUGUGCUGCUGAAGCGAGCACUACUCGAAAUUGCUUUUAAUUAAGAGAGCAUGUUGAAUGAAAACUUACCCUUAUUAGGAAAACCUAACAAAAUGAAGGAUGACAAUUGCUUAUUUUUCACUAUUUAUGAAUCACCUUAGACUGCACUUUUUGAAACAUAUUCAAAAAUGUUGUUUUAGGGAAAAAAAACUUUCCAAAAUGCAAAGCAAAAUUCUCUGGUGUUAUAUUCU